UUUGAGACAACCGCUAAAACGAAUAACGUGUUUUUUAAACUAACGCUAAGAGGCUUUUGCCAACAUUACUGACAUUUGGAAAACGGGAAAUAUAAAUAUAAACAGCGUAAGAAAAAUACACCGAUCCGUCAUGGCAUCGUGGUCGCCAUAUUGGAUGUACCAAAGUUGUGCUGUAAAUUCCAGAAAGUCUGCCACUUGGAUCUGGAAGCCGUGGUCCACUGGUCUGGAGUUGUAGUCCAGUGGUUUAGAUCAACAUGGCUGCCGUUAACAGACCUUCAACACCUCAGCAAUUGCAUGGAGAUCCCCAUUUCCAUGCCACAGGUGGGGUGCCAAACCCCGGGCCGCAGUACCCCGGGCCACCAACCACCAGCCAAGACCCGGGAGUGACACCCCAUGGCAUGUCCGCACGACCGCUCUUUUACGUCCAUGCUCCACCUCCGCCUUUUCUCCACUACCAAUGGCCCAUGCCCUUCUCCUACAACCCCUUUGCUGCCUUCCCAGGCAUGGGUUAUGGUAUGGUCAUGCCCCAAUUCCCCCCUCCCCCUUAUAUGGAGGCCCCAGCAUCAUACAUUAUGCCCCACCCACAUGUUCAACCAGUUGACUACAGACGCUUCCUAAACCCCUUGGUCCAUCCUCCUGGCCCCAUGUACCAGAAUCUUAACCAGACCAGAAGGGUUAGACUUCCUUAUACCGUCCCCGUUAAAGAAACCGUCAGCUCUGAGGUCCAAACCGAACCGCCGCAGGAAACCUUGUGUAACGACGGAAAGGGAGGACUCCUUGUGGAUUCAGGCUCAGAUUCAGGGCGAGGGACAGCGUCAUGUUCUCCAUCCUCCAGUGUUGGUUCGCAGAAACAAGGUUCUGAGGUUGAGAAGUAUCCUUCACCCAGCAGUUGCGUAGACAAGAUGAUCCAGGCCACCAGCCCCUGCAAACAAGCCUUUGUGUCACAGCCUGACAAAACCAACGGGGACGUCGUGAAAGGGUCCUGUUGUGAAAGGUUAGACCAGAAUAGGUUUGGAGACACGGGUGGUCGGAAAACUGGCCGUGGUAACGUGUGGUCGGUGAGCUCUCAGGAUUGCAUUGUUCCUGUAUGUAGCUCCUCUCAGCAAGAGGACGAGGCUGUCAAAGAAAGGCACCCCUCUGUUCCGGACAUUUUGGUGGGCUGGGGCAACAUUACGCCACAGAACGUGUCGAACAAGCGGUCUUCAACAUCUGAUGACCAUGAAGAGCCUGCUUAUCAGAGCACUACUGGAACAAAGAAUGUUCCUCCUCUGGGUGAUCAAUGUACCAAUUCAGCUGAGGGCACCUCGGAUCCCAAGGGGGACACACUUCAACAGGUCCUCUUGGAAUCCAGAAGAGAAAGUAGAACAUUAGAAUUGUACAACUCUGAAAACCCAACUGAUCUCCAGAACCAAGUUGGACAAUCAUCUACCAAGUCCCGUGGAAUCGCUGAUGAAGAAAACUGUGCAACCUUCCCACACGACGACACGACUGGGAGCGUUCCCAGUAGAAGUAGCGCCCACGUUAGGGGCAAAAUGAAUGAAUCGGUGUGGUCUGUAGAAUCCCUAGUCCCGUUUAUUCCCAAUAAGGAAUGGAUCAUGCAAAACAUGCCGGGAUCUGAGAUGAUUGUCGAGAUGAACGAGGACCCUGAAAAAGACAGUCCGUCAACUCAAAAUGACUUUUUCCAAUCGGAGGACCGGAACCGGGAUCUGAGGUUGUCUUCCUCUGACUCUGCUCCAAUGUCAGACAGUUGGCUUGUUUUCCGCACUUCAACUGAUCAGACGAAGAAACCACAAACUCCAAAAACCCCUGAAACGCCAGGACUGCAGAGCAUGUCUCCUUCUUCAGAAAAUGACGCCCCUGUUAGCUUCCAGAUUAAAAUUACACCCCCCAGAAGAGACGUGGGGGACAACGGGUCUUCUGAACCUGUGGCCGAGCCAAGCCCAAACCAGGAAUUGUGUAUGGUUGAGCAGCAGGCGGGGAGUCCCUGCUCUGCUGGCCAAGAAGAAAAGUGCUCCUCAAACUCCUUGGCGGAGAACAAAAUCCCACCCACAGCACAGCAGACUUCGAAUAAUAGUGAGGGUGUGAAACCCGACAACGGAAAAUACAGUAGCAAAGACGGCAACCAGCCGAGGAACCAUCAACUUUGCAUCCCUGUGACCGAUCCCAGAUUGGCGGAGUUAUCCCCAGGCAGCAUCGCACACUGUCUGUUCAUUGGCUUCCACUGCAAUCAAUUCCACGAAGCCAAAUGUCCGUAUGAGGAGCUGAAGCCUAACGUGGGGCAGAAAGCAAAACGUCCAGAUUUCAGGAAAUGCAAAAAUGGCAAAACUGAAGGAGGUGCAAUGAAUGGACGAAUGCAGAAGAACCAGAAAAAAUUCACUUCAUGGAGGAACAAACGACAUGGGGUGGGCAAACUACGGCCCGGGGGCCACAUGCGGCCCACAAAGCGUUUGAAUCCGGCCCGCCAGUUGUAUUGUAAUUUUUUUUUUUUAAGUAUUUCAACUUUUAACAUACAAACUGGCAACAUGACUUGCAAGUCGGAUGUCUUAUUUUGUGUAAAAAAAAAAAAGUAAAAUUAAAUUACAUAUUUUGAUGUGGUCU